UUUGUAGACGGUUUUCAUAUCUAAUAGACAAAUAGUACUAGUGACUUGUUCGGGUGCUUGGAAGGUGAACAGUUGUACUACGUAAUUGCCCUCGCGAACUGAGGAGGAUUGUGCGAUGUGUAGAGGACAAUUGGAGAGCGGCUUGCUUGUGGGCAAAUGGGAGGCCUACGUUGGGGUCUGUGCUCACUGGCAUCCAGUCGGCGCUAUGAGGUGCGUUGCAUUGAAGAGGACCAAAAAAAGUGAAUGAGGGUGUGCGAACAAUCUCCGCGCAUCAGUGCCUGGAGGAAGAAGUACAUGACUUAGCGUUCGGUUCCAAUUUUCAACAAACUCGUCGAUGGACAAAACAGAUCAGCCUGAACAACUUGAAGUUCAAGUUCAACAUCACCAAACCUCAGAGACACGCUUAUCGCCAGAUGAUGUCCCUUGAGAAGGUCGGUCCAAGAGGACGGGAGGAUUAUGACAGGGACCUGCGAGGAUGGAAGAUAGAGGCGCAGAAACUCGGCAACAGUAAACCUAGGACGAGGAAGAUGGCAUUUAUUGGAAGGACUGGAGCGGGAAAAAGCACAGCCAUGAAUGCGAUACUAGGCGCGCCUGUAUUAUCUACACGAGCUGACGUGACAUGCACAUCCGUUCAGACGGAAGUAUUCUACGAAGACUUACCUCCUUCAACUUGGAGAGCAAGCAUCAAAUUCGUUGGAAAAGAUGAAUGGAAAAAAACUCUAUCGAACAUGCUGGACGACUUGGAUGUAUAUGUACAACUUGGAGGUGGCACUUCGAACAUUGGGCAUGACAUUCACGAUGAUAGUGGGCCUGCGAUGGCUGCAUGGGGGACAUUGAAAGAGGAAAGUCCCAGUUCUUAUUUCGGUACAAUUACAUGGGUGCUGAAUCCUGGUGUGGCAUGUCGCUGCCGGUACCACAGGUGUAUCCUCACCUUCGCGCACUAUCAUUUCCGCCGCCCCGACAAGAUAUACGUGCACUUCUUGAGCAUGACCUCGUAGCAACUAAGCUCGGAACCGAAGUUCAGCAGAAUGGUGUAGG